AUGAAUGCUUCGGGUCUGACUGUUUUACUGUUUCCACCGCCGAAAGCAAAUGAAUUUCCAUUGCCAUUUAAAAUGUGGACACCGUACGAUAUAAAUUACAAACCAUUUUUUAUAUUCUCAUAUUUACAUCAGGGAGUAUCUGCAACAUUGUCCGCCUGUGUGACAAGUUCAGUGGAAACUUUAGCUUUAGUGAUUAUUUUGCAAGUUUCCGCACAAUACGAAAUUCUCAUUUACAGAAUUAAUUUUCUUUCUAAAUCUUUAACAAUAAAUUUUCAAAAAUAUUCAACUCAGAAUUAUGAGGGAAAAAUUAUUAAAGAUGUUAUUAAACUUCACUUACACAUUUUCUCAAUAGUUGAGAAUUUAAAUAAAUUAUUUGGAUCAAUGAUUUUUGUUCAAUUUUUCUCAUCAAUGAUAAGUUUAUGUUCUGCGACGUUUCAGUUAACAAAAGUCUCCUCCAACGAUCCAAAGUACUGGGCCUUAAUGUUUCUGAUAACAUCAACAUUAAUGCAAGUUUUUCUCUACAGUUAUUUUGGAGAGCAAAUUAAAUUAAAGAGUGUAGAAUUUCUGGCAGGUAUUUAUGAAAUUCAAUGGUUGUCCACAACGAAUGCGACAAAAAAAAAUUUAAUUAUGGUAAUGAUUCGUGCUUCAAAACCAAUGACAUUUAUGGGCUCGAAAAUAAUUAUUAUGUCGAUCGAUACAUUUGUGCAAAUAGUAAAGUCGGCAUACUCUGCUUACAAUCUAAUGAAAAGUUUUUGAGAAUGUUCCGAAAGUAGGAGUGUAUUUUUGCUAACAGAAUUAUGUACAAUUGCU